AUGUUCAUUAUCUAUCAAUCUCUCUCUCUCUCUAUCAAUAUAUCUUUCAUUAUCUAUCAAUCUAUCUCUCUCUCUCUCUCAAUAUGUUUCAUUAUCUAUCAAUCUAUCUCUCUCUCUCAAUAUGUUCAUUAUCUCUCUCUCUCUCUCUCUCUCAAUAUAUUUCAUUAUCUAUCAAUCUAUCUCUCUCUCUCUCUCAUAUUUCAUUAUCUAUCAAUCUAUCUCUCUCUCUCUCAAUCUAUCUCAAUAUCUAUCAUUCUAAUCUCUCUCUCUCUCUCUAUAUUUUCUUAUCUAUCAAUCUAUCUCUCUCUCUCAAUAUCUCAAUCUCUCUCUCUCUCUCUCAAUAUUUUCAUUAUCUAUCAAUCUAUCUCUCUCUCUCUCAAUAUGUUUCAUUAUCUAUCAUCUCUCUCUCUCUCAAUAUUUCUCAAUAUCUCUCUCUCUCAUUCAAUCUAUCAAUCUCUCUCUCUCAAUAUGUUCAUUAUCUAUCAAUCUCUCUCUCAAUCUCCAAUAUUAUCUCUCUCUAUCUCUCUCUCUCUAUGUUCAUUAUCUAUCAAUCUAUCUCUCUCUCUCUCAAUUUUUCCUAUCUAUCAAUCUCUCUCUCUCUCAAUAUGUUCAUUAUCUAUCAAUCUAUCUCUCUCUCUCUCUCUCAAUAUAUUUCUGUCUCUCUAUCAAUCUAUCUCUCUCUCUCUCUCUCUUCAUUAUCUAUCAAUCUAUCUCUCUCUCUCUCUCAAUCAUUCUCUAUCAAUCUAUCUCUCUCUCUCCCAAUAUCAAUCUAUCUCUCUCUCUCUCUCUCAUAUAUUUUAUUAUCUAUCAAUCUAUCUCUCUCUCAAUAUAUUCAUUAUCUAUCUCUCUCUCUCUCUCCCAUAUUUUCAUUAUCUAUCAAUCUCUCUCAAUAUCUUUCUCUCUCUCUCAAUCUUAUCCUCUCUAUCUCUCUCUCAAUAUGUUCAUUAUCUCUCUAUCUCUCUCUCUCAAUAUGUUCAUUAUCUAUCAAUCUAUCUCUCUCUCUCUCAAUAUGUUCAUUAUCUAUCAAUCUAUCUCUCUCUCUCUCAAUAUGUUCAUUAUCUAUCAAUCUAUCUCUCUCUCUCAAUAUGUUCAUUAUCUAUCAAUCUAUCUCUCUCUCUCUCUCUCAAUAUGUUCAUUAUCUAUCAAUCUCUCUCUCUCAAUAUGUUCAUUAUCUAUCAAUCUAUCUCUCUCUCUCAAUAUGUUCAUUAUCUAUCAAUCAAUCUAUCUCUCUCUCUCAAUAUAUUUCAUUAUCUCUCAAUCUCUCUCUCUCUCAAUCUCUAUUUAUUUCAUUAUCUAUCAAUCUAUCUCUCUCUCUUCAAUAUCUAUCAAUCUAUCUUAUCUAUCAAUCUAUCUCUCUCUCUCUCAAUAUGUUCAUUAUCUAUCAAUCUAUCUCUCUCUCUCAAUAUGUUCAUUAUCUAUCAAUCUAUCUCUCUCUCUCAAUAUGUUCAUUAUCUAUCAAUCUAUCUCUCUCUCUCAAUAUGUUCAUUAUCUAUCAAUCUCUCUCUCUCUCUCUCAAUAUGUUCAUUAUCUAUCAAUCUAUCUCUCUCUCAAUAUGUUCAUUAUCUAUCAAUCUAUCUCUCUCUCUCAAUAUGUUCAUUAUCUAUCAAUCUAUCUCUCUCUCUCAAUAUGUUCAUUAUCUAUCAAUCUCUCUCUCUCAAUAUAUUUUUAUCUAUCUAUCAAUCUAUCUCUCUCUCAAUAUCUCAAUCAAUCAUCUCAUAUGUUUCAAUCUCUCUCAAUCUAUCUCUCUCAAUAUGUUCAUUAUCUAUCAAUCUAUCUCUCUCUCUCUCAAUAUCUCUUAUCUAUCUCUAUCAAUCCUCUCUCUCAAUAUUUCUCUCUCUCUAUCUCUCUCUCAAUCUAUCAAUCUCUAUCUCUCUCUCUCAAUAUUUCAUUUUCUAUCAAUCUAUCUCUCUCUCUCCAUGUUAUUUCUCAAUCUAUCUCUCUCUCUCUCAAUAUGUUUAUCUCACUCUCUCUCAAUAUGUUCAUUAUCUAUCAAUCUAUCUCUCUCUCAAUAUGUUCAUUAUCUAUCAAUCUAUCUCUCUCUCUCAAUAUGUUCAUUAUCUAUCAAUCUAUCUCUCUCUCUCAAUAUGUUCAUUAUCUAUCAAUCUAUCUCUCUCUCUCUCAAUAUAUUUCAUUUAUCUAUCAAUCUCUCUCUCUCUCAAUAUAUUAUCUAUCAAUCUAUCUCUCUCUCAAUAUAAUUUAUCUCAAUCUCUCUCUCUCUCAAUAUGUUUCAUUAUCUAUCAAUCUAUCUCUCUCUCUCAAUAUGUUUUUAUCUAUCAAUCUAUCUCUCUCUCUCUAUCUCAAUCUAUCUCUCUCUCAAUAUUUUCAUUUAUCUAUCUAUCUCUCUCUCUCAAUAUGUUUCAUUAUCUAUCUCUCUCUCUCUCUCUCUCAUUACACUUCAUUAUCUAUCUCUCUCUCUCUCAAUAUGUUCAUUUAUCUAUCAAUCUAUCUCUCUCUCUCAAUAUUUCAAUCUAUUCUCUCUCUCAAUCUAUCUCUCUCUCUCUCUCUCUCUUCAUUAUCUAUCAAUCUAUCUCUCUCUCUCUGUUUCAAUAUCUAUCAAUCUAUCUCUCUCUCUCAAUAUGUUCAUUCUCUCUCUCUAUCUCUCUCUCUUCUAUCAAUCUAUCUCUCUCUCUCUCCUCUCUCUCAAUCUCUCUCUCUCUCAUCUUCAUUAUCUAUCAAUCUCUCUCUCUCUCUCAAUAUGUUUCAUUAUCUAUCAAUCUAUCUCUCUCUCUCUCAUAUUUCAUUAUCUAUCAAUCUCUCUCUCUCUCAAUAUAUUCUCUUAUCUUUCUUAUCAAUCUAUCUCUCUCUCCAAUAUGUUUUAUCUAUCAAUCUCUCUCUCUCUCUCAAUAUGUUCAUUAUCUAUCAAUCUAUCUCUCUCUCUCUAAUAUGUUCAUUAUCUCUCUCUCUCUCUCUCUCUCAAUAUCUUUCAUUUCUCUCAAUCUAUCUCUCUCUCUCAAUAUGUUCAUUAUCUAUCUCUCUCUCUCUCUCUCUCAAUAUGUUCAUUAUCUAUCAAUCUCUCUCUCUCUCAAUAUGUUCAUUAUCUAUCAAUCUAUCUCUCUCUCUUCUCUCUAUCAAUCUAUCUCUCUCUCUCUCAAUAUAUUUCAUUAUCUAUCAAUCUCUCUCUCUCUCAAUAUGUUCUAUCAUUAUCUCUCUCUCUCUCUCUCCAAUCUUCUUUCUAUCUAUCUCUCUCUCUCUCAAUAUGUUUCAUUAUCUAUCAAUCUCUCUCUCUCUCUCAUAUGUUCAUUAUCUAUCUAUCAAUCUAUCUCUCUCUCUCUCAAUAUAUUUCAUUAUCUAUCAAUCUGUCUCUCUCUCUCUCUCAAUAUCUUCUCUCAUUAUCUAUCAAUCUCUCUCUCUCUCUCUCUCAAUAUUUCAUUAUCUAUCAAUCUUCUCUCUCUCAAUAUGUUCAUUUAA